AUGGCGAGCAUCACCACCACGCUCAAGCUCAACGACCACAACUUCCGCGAAUGGGACAUCUACUUCCGCGGGAAGUUGAUGAUGAAGGGAAUGCACCAGUACCUGACACACACGCCAACGUCGGCCUCCUUGGACGCAACCAGCGACGACCAAAAGGCACUCGGGAUCCUCAUUGAUACGUUGGAACCCAGCCAGUACCGCCACAUCGCACCACCAACCACUGUCUCAACGAUGCGUCGAAGGCGAGUAACGGGGGUGACCGUCGCAACGAGUGCCGAGCUUAUCUACAACGAAGAGGACCUCGACUUUUCGUUGGUGAAGCUUAACGUGAAGAGUGGUGUCAGCUUGGCCUCGUACAGUUACCUCCAGGCCCGUAGCACCGGUCCGGUGCUGAACGAGCCUAUCUACAUUGCGCAUCACCCCAGAAGCAAGCCCAAGCUCAUCACAUCCACCGUGGACAAUGGCGUCGCCGGCACCAUUGAAGGCACCCCGACUUGCUGCCCUGACUAUGUCCUGUACUCUGUGGACACGGAAGUCGGAUCGUCCGGGGCGCCCGUACUCAGCGCUCACGACAACAAGGUCGUCGCGCUGCACAGCCGCGGCGGAUGCCCAAACGCUGGCGUCAAGAUGGACAAAAUUGUGUCCAAGCUCCGCAGCUUGGGGCACCUGCCUGCGAACGCCGUUGCCUAG